GGAGAUUUAAACAUUGUUAAAUCUAAGAGGGAGGUUGGGCAGAAGCAUUUCUUUCUUGGCCGCGAGACAAACAUUAAUAUUAGAUGUCGUGGGAGUAAACUUCUAAUGUGCAAGGGAGAAGGCUUUGGAGGAAACAUGUAAAACAUCGGUCCAGGGAGGACUUAAAAAUCCAGAUAGGCUUGAAAUGAGGAGCCAAAAUCCCUUAGCACCGUUGUCAGAAACUUAUCACACCUAUAUUAGUAGAGCCAGCAAAACCGAUCCCCCCCACUCAGAACUGGCGUGACUCCACUGAUUUCAAGGGAACUUUGUCAGGCUAUGUCCUGGGGGACUUCCUCCCGGCAAAAUUAAUAUUAGCAUAUAAAAAACUGAACCCUUCCUACAAGCAAAGAAUUAAAUGCUCUUUUAAUGGGCUAUAUGCGGUUCUUAAGCAGAUAACAUAGGUACUGGCUUGAGCAAAGAUUUGACCCAGUAAAUGGAGCUGAAAAGCAAACAUUUUGCAAUUAAAAUAAUUGCAGAAUUUUAAAAUGCUGCAGUACACUUAUGGAAUAAUCAUGGAACGGCUGAGAAGGCUCUAACGGAGACCUUGAACAGUGGUGUGUUUAGUCCUGCACAGCAUGUUGUUAUCUAGCAGGAAGCUGAAAGCUGAGUGCCAUGAGGGAAGCUGGGAGUGAAUGAAUCCAUCCCCUUUCUCACCAUCACGUUUAUGAUGAGGAUCCUGGGGAUUCAUGCAAGGGUUGCCUGGGGAGUUGGUGAUCUCUAUUCUUAAAUGAGUGUGUGCAGCUAGUGAAGAUGGUAAAACACAUUGUUGGGGUGCGGCAGAUGGUACAGCCCUUAAGAAACCAAGAUGCUCUUUAAGGAAAGGAUCCCUGCGCAGGACAAAUGACAGAGCACCACGGAUAAGGGUCCCCCGCUGACGAGCGAGACAUGCAGUAGGAGCCGGCGCUUCCCAUCGGAGAGCGACGCUCCUGGGUGCCGCGAGGCCCUGGGCACAGCCGGGAGAGCGGCUCGGGAGAGGCCAGGAGAUGCACCAAAUCAGCUGCCUCCUCGCAGGGCUUGUCUUCAUCCUCGGCGUGACCGGCACGGACGGUUUUGCCCGGGCAGGCCGUCGAGCGUGCGCCGCGGAGGCGCCGAGCCGGCCGGCCGCCGUCCCGCAGUCCCCCAAACUCCAGCUGGUGCUGGCCCCCUUCCAUAACCUCAUGCCAUCUGCGCCAGACGACGUGGGCGCAGACCCCAUCAGCCGGCUGUCCCACUCCCUCCAGCAGCUGGACAGAAUCGACUCCCUGAGCGAGCAGAUCUCCUUCCUCGAGGAGCGGCUGGGAGCGUGCAGUUUGUCUAACCCUUGGCCUCGCGGCACAGAGCUGGGAAGGCUGGCCACGGUGAGCAGAUGCAGGCCAGCUAGAUCAGUAACACACGUGCCACUAUUAAUCUAUAUCGCCCUUCAAACUCAGCAGCCUGUAAUUAAUAAAAGAUGAACACAAACAGCCCAUUAGCUUCAUUUCAAAGCUGUUUCUAUGGCUGCACCAUCUGAU